AAUGCACAAUCGAUCUCUUAUUUGGCCUAAAACUGCUGUUUAGGUGUCUUCCCUAGGCGGCGGUAAUAUACGCAGGCGCAGUUGAAAAAGUUUGAGAGAAAAUGGCAGACGUUUCUUUGGAUGAAGUGAUACGACAGCGCGGUAUUGACCGCAAGAUUUCAGUCAAACGGCCCGUAUUUGGACGAGGUGGAGGAGGUGAUUUGAAAAGUUUUGAUGCCAGGCAGAAAAUUGGCCUGAGUGAUGUUAGACGUCUUGGAGGGGGAACAGGUUUUCAAGUCAAAGAUGCCAGAGAAAAACUGGUUCAGAAAGAUGCUCGGUUCAAAAUCCGUGGCAGGGGAGGAGCCGGAACAGUGCAAGAUGCUCGCCAGAUGAUCAACUCACGGAAACAGGGGCAGGUUCAGCGCAGUGUUUCUGUGCAGCCCACACUAAAGGCAGCCAUAACGCAGCAGCUACAGGGCAACACACUUGUGCCACACAUACAGAUUAACACCAACAACAACAUGAGCGGUGCAAACACGAGGCAGUUUACUCCUACUGUACAAGGACUGAAUUUGAGGGGCAGCACAGCAUCACAGCUGAACAACAACAUAAGAGUGAUGGAUGCCCGUGAUAGACUGAGCCUCAAAAGGAGCAUUGGAGGAACACAAACACAAGCAACUGCUGGCCCACCUUUACAAAUAACAAAGACUAUACAGCGUCCCGUGGGAGCUUUGGCCGGAAUACGUGCAGCUACUCAAGUGCCUGCCCCAAAUGAAUUUGAUGACAUCCCUAGCAAACAAAUAAAGAUCACAGCCGCCAACGCAAUGCUGCAGUCACGGUCUGGUACAGUAGGUUCAACAUUCUCCAUGACAGCCCCGAUCACCAAGGUGGUUAAAAACGAUGCCUACACAGCACCCCGUCCUCCCGUCCCUGUGAAUCCCACCCGGCCCAACACCAACAUGGCUGCCGCCCGGCCUUCUGCUGCAGCAGCACUACAGCCGGUCUCCAGGACUCUACAGCAGAGUGCAGCAGAAACCAGCACCACAGCGCCCACUCCUCCUCAGCCGGCUUUCAGCCCAUUGGAAGGGACAAAAAUAACGGUGAACAACCUUCACCCCCGCGUUACAGAAGAAGACAUCGUGGAGCUGUUCUGUGUGUGUGGUGCUUUAAAGCGAGCGAGGCUGGUGAAAGUGGGCUUAGCUGAGGUGGUGUUUGUCCGUAAAGAGGACGCCGUCAGCGCUUACAGGAAGUACAACAAUCGCUGCUUGGAUGGCCAACCCAUGAAGUGUAACAUUCACCUCCAGGGAAACGUCAUCACCUCCGAUCAGCCGAUUCUGCUGAGGCUCAGCGACACACCAGGAGCAGGGAGCAGCACAAAGAAGGAAGGUCUUCCCCCUUCUUUGGCCCGUGGUUCUGGUCAGCGGGCUUCUUCUCAGCCCACAGCGGAGGUGGACCCCCAGACUAUCCUCAAAGCUCUGUUCAAGUCCACCACUCAGUCCACCACCACCACCGAGGCUCCUAGCUCACAGACCACAGCCUUUCGCAUCAAGAUCUAGCUAAACCCAGUUUGCUCUGCUGCAGUGUUCACCUUUAAACGAUGAUUAUCCUAUCGAACGGCCCGGUCUCUGUCAUCAAGCUGGUUUUUACACAUUUCUGACUUAAAGCGUUUAAACGAGUAACAUUUUCUUCUCUGGUGUCACACGUUCCCCCGGAACGGACCAGUUGAAGUGUUGAGCGAUGAUUUAAAUCGGUCUAGUGGACAUUUGAUUUGAUGUUUUUUUUUUUUUAUUGAAUUUUUCUUUUGUGCUACAGUUAUCUGCACAUUUAGAACAAAGCUAGAUUGGGAAGAAUUGGAAGUUAAUGUUUAAAAGUACAUGCAUCUACAGUUUUCUAUGAACUAGCAGAACAAUGAUCACACUUUGUCCUUUUCUGACUUAAGUUUCUCGCUGCGCCGCCUCCAGGAGUAACUGAUGUUACCAGCAAACAGGAAGAACCUCCAGCACCACGUCUCUGGUUUUCCACUUCUGGUUGUUUUUGGGACAGACUAUUAAAAUUUGAUUGUUUUAUACGUUACUCUCAGUUUGCAUUUGUAAACUGCUUUUAAGUUGUUUCCUUGUUCUGUCAUCAGAGGAGGGGGGGGUCAACAUUAAAUAUCUAGCCUUGUA